UUUAAGAGAAUGCACUUGCAGCCAUUUUCUGCUCUUUGUGUGGGGUGGAUUAGCUGAUCUGCACCGCACGAAACCACAGCAUCAAUCGUACAAAAAAGGGCGAAAAGAAACCGUACUUAAACAUUGGAUCGCUGUCGUGAAGCACGACACUGUCCGCCUCGUAGUUGGCUGGACGGACAUGCAUUAACAGACGGGGGUGCAGUGUGAGUGACCCCUUGUUACCAUGACGACCCACGUGACCUUGGAGGAUGCCCUGUCCAACGUGGACCUGCUGGAGGAGCUGCCCCUCCCCGACCAGCAGCCAUGCAUCGAGCCCCCUCCCUCCUCCAUCAUGUACCAGGCCAAUUUUGACACCAACUUUGAGGACAGGAAUGCCUUUGUGACUGGCAUUGCCCGCUACAUAGAGCAAGCCACAGUCCACUCCAGCAUGAAUGAGAUGCUGGAGGAAGGCCAUGAGUAUGCCGUGAUGCUCUACACCUGGAGAAGCUGUUCCAGAGCCAUACCCCAGGUGAAAUGCAACGAGCAGCCGAACCGAGUGGAGAUCUAUGAGAAGACGGUGGAGGUGCUGGAGCCAGAAGUGACCAAGCUCAUGAAGUUCAUGUACUUCCAGCGGAAGGCCAUCGAGCGUUUCUGCAGCGAGGUGAAGCGCCUGUGCCACGCAGAGCGCAGGAAGGACUUUGUGUCUGAGGCCUACCUGCUGACGCUGGGCAAGUUCAUCAACAUGUUCGCCGUCCUCGACGAGCUAAAGAACAUGAAGUGCAGCGUCAAGAACGACCACUCCGCCUACAAAAGAGCAGCCCAGUUCCUGAGGAAGAUGGCCGACCCUCAGUCCAUCCAGGAGUCUCAGAACCUCUCCAUGUUUCUGGCCAACCACAACCGCAUCACUCAGUGCCUGCACCAACAGCUGGAAGUGAUUCCUGGCUACGAGGAGUUGUUGGCGGACAUUGUCAACAUCAGUGUGGAUUAUUAUGAGAACAAGAUGUACCUCACCCCCAGCGAGAAGCACAUGCUGCUCAAGGUGAUGGGCUUUGGUCUCUAUUUGAUGGACGGAAAUGUGAGCAACAUCUACAAACUCGACGCCAAAAAGAGGAUCAACCUGAGCAAGAUCGACAAGUUCUUUAAGCUCCAGGUGGUGCCGCUGUUUGGAGACAUGCAGAUAGAGCUGUCUCGUUACAUUGAGACCAGCGCCCACUACGAAGAGAACAAGUCAAAGUGGACCUGCACCCAGAGCAGCGUCUCCCCGCAGUACAACCUGUGCGAGCAGAUGGUGCAGAUCCGAGAGGACCACAUCCGCUUCAUCUCGGAGCUGGCCCGCUACAGCAACAGCGAGGUGGUGACGGGCUCGGGCCUGGACAGCCAGAAGUCGGACGAGGAGUACCGGGAGCUGUUCGACCUGGCCCUCAGGGGCCUUCAGCUGCUCUCCAAGUGGAGCACGCACGUCAUGGAAGUGUACUCGUGGAAGCUGGUCCACCCGACGGAUAAGUUCUGCAACAAAGACUGUCCCGGCACUGCGGAGGAGUACGAGCGGGCCACGCGCUACAACUACACCAGCGAGGAGAAGUUUGCCCUGGUGGAGGUCAUCGCCAUGAUCAAGGGCCUGCAGGUUCUGAUGGGCCGCAUGGAGUCUGUGUUCAACCAGGCCAUCAGGAACACCAUCUACGCAGCGCUGCAGGACUUCGCUCAGAUGACCCUCAGGGAGCCCCUUCGCCAGGCUGUGCGCAAGAAGAAGAACGUCCUCAUCAGCGUUCUGCAGGCCAUCCGCAAGACCAUCUGCGACUGGGAGGGGGCACGGGAGCCCCCCAACGACCCCUGUCUGAGGGGCGAGAAGGACCCCAAAGGAGGGUUCGACAUCAAGGUUCCCCGCAGAGCCGUGGGACCCUCUAGCACCCAGCUGUACAUGGUGCGCACAAUGCUGGAGUCCCUCAUAGCGGACAAGAGCGGCUCCAAGAAGACCCUGCGCAGCAGUCUGGAUGGGCCCAUCGUGCUCGCCAUCGAGGACUUCCACAAGCACUCCUUCUUCUUCACCCACCUGCUCAACUUCAGCGAGGCCCUGCAGCACUGCUGCGACCUGUCCCAGCUGUGGUUCCGGGAGUUCUUCCUGGAGCUGACCAUGGGCCGCAGGAUCCAGUUCCCCAUCGAGAUGUCCAUGCCCUGGAUCCUCACCGACCACAUCCUGGAGACCAAGGAGCCCUCCAUGAUGGAGUACGUGCUGUAUCCUCUCGACCUGUACAACGACAGCGGUUAUUACGCUCUGACAAAGUUCAAGAAGCAGUUUCUUUACGAUGAAAUCGAGGCUGAGGUCAACCUUUGUUUCGAUCAGUUUGUCUACAAGUUAGCAGAUCAGAUUUUCGCCUAUUACAAAGCGAUGGCAGGCAGCGUUCUGCUGGACAAGCGUUUCCGAGCCGAGUGUAAAAACUACGGCGUGAUCAUCCCCUACCCACCGUCCAACCGCUACGAGACGCUGCUCAAGCAGAGACACGUGCAGCUGCUGGGUCGCUCCAUCGACUUGAACCGCCUGAUCACCCAGAGGAUCUCGGCGGCAAUGUACAAGUCCCUGGACCAGGCCAUCAGCCGCUUCGAGAGCGAGGACCUCACCUCCAUCGUGGAGUUGGAGUGGCUGCUGGAGAUCAACCGGCUGACCCACCGGCUGCUGUCCAAGCACCUGACGCUGGACAGCUUCGACGCCAUGUUCCGCGAGGCCAACCACAACGUGUCGGCGCCGUACGGCCGCAUCACGCUCCACGUCUUCUGGGAGCUCAACUUCGACUUCCUGCCCAACUACUGCUACAACGGCUCCACCAACCGCUUCGUGCGCACAGCGAUACCUUUCACCCAGGAGCCGCAGAGAGACAAACCAGCCAAUGUGCAGCCUUACUACCUGUAUGGAUCUAAGCCCCUGAACAUUGCCUACUCCCACAUAUACAGCUCUUACAGGAACUUUGUCGGCCCACCUCACUUCAAGACCAUCUGCCGUCUCCUUGGUUACCAAGGCAUCGCCGUGGUGAUGGAGGAGCUGCUGAAGAUUGUCAAGAGCCUGCUGCAAGGCACCAUCUUGCAGUACGUGAAGACACUGAUUGAAGUCAUGCCCAAGAUAUGCCGUCUGCCUCGCCACGAGUAUGGCUCCCCAGGAAUCCUGGAGUUCUUCCACCACCAGCUAAAGGACAUCAUCGAGUAUGCUGAGCUCAAGACGGAUGUCUUCCAGAGCCUGAGGGAAGUGGGGAACGCCAUCCUCUUCUGCCUGCUCAUCGAACAAGCUCUGUCCCAGGAGGAGGUGUGUGAUCUGCUUCACGCUGCCCCCUUCCAGAACAUUCUGCCCAGGGUCUAUAUCAAAGAGGGCGAGCGCCUGGAAGUGAGGAUGAAGAGGUUGGAAGCCAAGUACGCUCCUCUUCAUCUUGUUCCUCUAAUUGAGAGGUUGGGAACCCCACAGCAAAUUGCCAUUGCUCGCGAGGGUGACCUGCUGACCAAAGAGCGCCUGUGCUGCGGCCUGUCCAUGUUCGAGGUCAUCCUGACGCGCAUCCGCAGCUUCCUGCAAGACGCCGUGUGGCGUGGCCCGCCGCCCACCAACGGGGUGAUGCACGUGGACGAGUGCAUGGAGUUCCACCGCCUGUGGAGCGCCAUGCAGUUCGUCUACUGCAUCCCCGUGGGCACGCACGAGUUCACGGCAGAGCAGUGCUUCGGGGACGGGCUGAACUGGGCCGGAUGCUCCAUCAUCGUGCUGCUGGGACAGCAGCGUCGCUUCGACCUCUUUGACUUCUGCUACCACCUGCUUAAGGUGCAGAGGCAGGACGGCAAGGACGAGAUCAUCAAAAACGUGCCGCUGAAGAAGAUGGCGGACCGCAUCAGGAAGUACCAGAUCCUCAACAAUGAGAUCUUCGCCAUCCUCAACAAGUACAUGAAGGCUGUGGAGACAGACAGCUCCACCGUCGAACACGUCCGCUGCUUUCAGCCGCCUAUACACCAGUCUCUGGCCACGACCUGCUGAAAGAACCCCGAGCACCCCCCCCCCGCAGAUGCUAAGUAACACACCCACACAUAACUCCCCACAGCUGGGACAGAGAUUCUGCCUCUCCUUGGUUCCUCGACUAGAGCUGUUAUAGAUUCACCACCCAAGAGCACUCAUGUACAUUUCUCCCAACAUACCAAUUUCAAGUUCUCUAGAUGCCUGUAUUUGUCUUUUCAGAGAUAAUUUCCGGAGAAUUUACGCAUCUCUGACUUCUUCCAUCAGGCAUUGCGUGUCUGUGGCUCUGCCUAAUGGGCAUAGACUGGAUUACUACCACAGGUGCAAAGUGUAAUGCUCAUCUUUUUUUUUUUUUUCUCGUUUUUACUUUUAUAUCCAUGUGGCUAAUUCACACUCAUGCAUGCCUUCUUCUAUUACUUUAGCCUUUACUUUUACUGGGGAUUGGAUCGAUGGCAUAAAAAUGCAACGGGUGGUUACAUUUUGGAAACAGGUGUGGGUUGUUUUGUUUCCGCUUAGCUGCAGUCACGAGUAUCCCCACUGUCAAAUCCAGUGGGAAAGUUUUGGUUUACAGUCAAGCCUCAAAUAAGUGAAUGAAAACAUUUUUUUUUUUAUAGCUUACAAUACAACAAAUAACAUUGACAUUCCAACACGGUGCUCUGAUGCGUUAUAUCUCAGCUGCUAUGAGUACUUCUACAGGGCACCACAUUGUUGAUUGUGACUAAAUCUGGAUUAAUUCCAACAAUGGAGGAUCAUGAGGCUACAUGGUCAUUUCAGUAGGCCAUCUUCAUGAUGCAUUGUUUAUAAUUAUAAAUAUUUAAAGCUCUUCUAAUAGCACACCUCCCCUCCUGGUUUCAAAUGGCUUUUUAUUUAUUUUACGUUUUGAUUGUCUGGCCUCCUGGUAUAUUUUAUUCAAUACCACUUACACUGUAAAUGUCACUGUUGAAUCAUUGGUUAUUGAGCUAAGUGGAGUGUUGUAACUGUCCUUGUUUUUUAAUUAAGAAUAAUAAUUUAAUCAACAUCCUUUUGCAUACUUGUCUCUACUACUGACUGGAAACCUCAAUUUUAGUUCUCUUUAUUUUGUUAUUUGUUCAGAAAAAGUUGUUUUAUAUUAUGUACAUGGAUACAUUGAUAUUGUUUAACCAUUUUGAAGAAAAAAAAGUGGAAUCUGGACAGAUGUAUUUUCCAGAUUAACGGAAGAAAAAUAAUAAUAAAAAAAAGUAAACAAAUGAAGCAAACGUUAGAACAUGCCUCUACGUUGUGUAAGACAAUGCUGUACUAGGUUAAUCAAUUGUGAGUGUGAAUGGAUGUGGUGGCCUAACACAAAGAAUUAAAAAAAUAAUCCCAACUGUCAAUUCAAAAAAGAUUGAAAAUUCAGUUGAGAUUGAAGGGACAUUUUCCUAAAUAUAUUCAGUAUUUACUAUUGUUGGAAUUUGCUUUAGGUUAAGCAGUGUUAAAAUAUGCAAUAUGCAAAAUGUUCCAUGUCCCUUUUUAUUUUUUUCAUUUGAAAAAAGUGAAGAAAUUCGAAUAAGAAUCCUCAUUCAAAAUCAGCCCUGUGGUUUUUCUUAUUUUCUGCUCCAUUUGAAUGGAGGCUUUUGUCAAAUCACUGGUACUUUAUUGUAUUUAUCCACACUUCAUACAUUUAUUCCUAAUUUAAGGGUUGAUCUAAUCUGGGGGGAAAAUGGAGGUUCGUCAUCAAAUUUUAGCAUGGCAAGUGUAAGUUAUUGUCAUCAAUUGCACCAUUUGUGACAUAAUAUUUUGUUUAUGAUAUUGUUGUACAAGUGAACAUGUUUUGAAAUACAAAAAGGAGAAAAUAUAUGAUGUACAACAAAUGUCCUACAAAGGAUUUAAAAUGAUGUUGUAUUUACAUGAAAUAAAAAUAUCUAACUGAAAA